UUAAAAAUAAAUAUACAUUUUAUCCAUUUAAUAAAUGUAAUAGCUUAUCCAAUAUUUCUUCAUGUCCAAUAACCAGAAACAAAGCAUUUACAGCACUAUUCAAUAAGAGAGCAGCUAUUCAAAGCGCUUCAAAUAUUCAUCAAUAUUUAUCAAAUAUUUCUAGGUGUCUAAAAUAUAACAAUAGCUUAUUAAAUACAUACAUAUACAAAGAAACAAAUAUUCACAUGAACAGUUUAGAAUCAGUCAAAUUAGAUUUAAAAUCAAUAUCCUCAAACGCUAUAGUUGUGAGACCGUUUAACGCUCACUCAAAAGGUCGUCCAGUAAUAUUUAUGAGAACCCAAGGUUAAAGUGAGUCGACUUGGCUCUCGGUCCCUCCCAGCUGGCCGAAAGAAUGAACUCUGAACAACUGUGAAUUGCAAUUUAGCAAGCUCUACUUAUAGGGUUUCCAUAUUUAUUUCCGUUCAAUCAGGCGCAAUCCCCAAAAGGAUAUCAAGAUACCAUUUUAUUAGGAUCUACAAGUUGCAGCUUGUUUGCAAACUAUGAAACAAGAAAUUCCGCAAUCAUCUUUAGUUCGCAGUCCUUGCUUGACAGACUUCCAAUGGGCAUGAAGCGCAGAUAAACAGCAACGGCAGGAGUCUCAAACAAUUUUAAGUAGACUGUCAAGGUCUGUCCAAUUAGUUUUCAUUUCGUUUUCAUGUUCGUGUUCGUUUUCGUGUUCGUUUGUUUGUGCUCGUUUUCAUUUUGUGUACUUUUAUUUCGUUGCCUUCGUUGCUCGAGUUUUUAAAUAUUUUGUCUUGGUGACCCGCAUUUAGCGCAAGGGCUUUUAAAGGGCUUCAUUAAAUAGCAAUUACAGCACACUCUGCUCCGCUCUCUGACACACCCACGCUCGCUCGAAUCACAGCCAGAAGCCAUAACCCAGCCCCGCAACGAUGUCGGAUCUUCAGGACCAGCAGGACACCACGAGCGGCAGUCAGAGUCAAAGUCAAAGUCAGAGCCAGAGUCAGAGCCAGAGUCAGAGUCAGAGCCAGAGCCAGAGUCAGAGUCAGUCUCAAAGUCGGUCCACGCCAUCGGAGUCGUCUGCUCCGCCAGUGACUGAGGAGCAUGAGCCGCCCAGCAGCAGCAACAGCAGCAGCACCAGCGCCGGCCUCAUCGAUGGCGAGCCGGACGGCGACGGAGCCAGGGAUAUGGAACGGGACAGGGACAGGGAGGCCCAUGGCGAGAGGAUACACAAGGAUGACUUUGGGACGCAGCGUGUGUACAAGAAGACGUCGCCGAAUUGCGUGAUCACGCUCUAUUUGCCAACGCGCGAGAUAAUACUCAGCGGCAACAAUCCAUCGGUGCUGCGUGGUAUAGUCUAUGUGGACCCGAAGGCCAUUCAAGGAUAUCGCGUUUAUGCGCAGCUAACUCUGACAUUUCGCUAUGGGCGCGAGGACGAGGAGGUGAUGGGCCUGCGUUUCUGCAACGAGGCCAUUAUGUCGCUGCAUCAGAUUUGGCCGCGCCUCGAGGAGCCCUCGCCUGAAACGCUCAGUCCACUUCAGGAGGCCCUACUGAAGCGACUGGGCGAUGGGGCUCAUCCGUUCACCUUAUCGCUGACCGCCCAGGCACCACCCAGUGUCCAGCUAGUGCCAGCCAAACGCUACUACGGAGCCCCCAUUGGCACCAGCUACGACGUACGCUGCUUCAUUGCGGACAAGACGGACGAAAAGUUCCAUCGGCGGGCCUCCGUCAAGAUGGGCGUGCGGGUCAUCUAUCGCACCGACGUCUUUCACCAGCAUACCGCUCCGGAGAACUUCGCUGCCUUUGCCGGCCAGAACUCCAACGCAUCGACCCAAUCGCCGCCGGCCAGCGCCACGCCCCCAUUGAGUAACAGCGACGGGCACGAGCCAACACCCAGCACCAGCAGUGCAGGCGGAGGAGGAGGAGGAGCCGCUGGAGGAGGAGGUACCGGUACCGGUACUGGUACUGGUGCGGGUGCGGGUGCGGGUACUGCUGCGGGUCCGGGUGCCAAGGGCGCCAAGUCCAAGUCGGAGCGCGGUGAUUCAUUUCCCAAGCUUCGACUCUCGCCCAAGGCAUUCAGGUUCAGCGGACGCUUUGGCCGCAGCAAAAGCGAAAUCGAACGGUGCCCCAACGACCCAUUCCAUUGCUACAGCAAGUCCUUCCAGGAGCACUGCGACAACACUGGCUCCGAAAUGCUGCCACCCCAUAGCAAUGCCGGCGUCACCGGCGGCAUUGGCGGCAUCAGCGUGGGACCUUGCGGCGGACCCCAGGGCGCCGUCGAUAAACCGUUUCUGCUGCACGACGGCCGCGUCGGCCUGAGGGCCAGCCUGGACAAGGGCUGGUAUACGCACGGCGAGGACGUCAAUGUCACGGUCAACAUACGCAACGAUAGCCGCAAGACGGUGCGCAAAGUGCGGGUCUGCGCCAUUCAGCACGUGGACGUCUGUAUGUUCAACAAUGGAAAGUUUAAGAACGUCGUCGCCGACUCGGAGAAUAUUUCGCCCGCCGUGGACCGCACCGUACCGCCGGGUGGCACACUGAACACCACCGUAGCGCUGCGACCUCAGCGCGGCCCCACCAAGAACUGGAUCGCACUGGAGGAUACGCUGCAGCGCAGCACCGAGCCGGAUGAGAUAACUGGCGCCAUUGCCGCCUCGGCCAUACGCUCGCCCAACUUCGUCAUGCAGGCCGCUCAGCUGCUGACCGGGCAUCCGCUGGCCAGCCCGGCCAUGGCCAUGCCCCAGCCACCGAGCUCGGCGGGCACAGCCAGUGCUGGCGGCGCUGGGAGUGGCUUGGGCGACGAUCGCAAUGUGUUUGCCAUUUACGUGUCGUACUAUGUGAAGGUGAAGCUAACACUGAGCGGCAUGGGCGGGGAGCUGUCGCUGAAGCUGCCCUUUGUGCUCGUCCAUGUGGAUGAGUCGCUGCGCCCGGGCCACACCUCGGCCACGGUGGCCGAGCUGCGCAUGGAGCGGCUCACGCUACAGGAUGUGCCAGCCGGGCGCAAGAGCGCCAAGCGUUCCUCUACCAUGAAUAAAUCCUCGAACACCUCGCCCUCAUUGGUCGAUGGUCCAUCCACGAGUGCUGCAGCCGCCGCCGCAGCGGCCGCCAGUGCCGGCGUCGACGAUAUCACCCAGCUGGACGUCAUCGAGGCGGCGGACGAGGAGUUCAACAUAUGUGUGCCCGUGCCAACUGGGCCGCCGAAGCCCAGCUCCAGCAGCCAGAAGCGGCGACUGCAGCGCAGCGAGACAUUGGCCCGAGACAUCGACGAGACCGAGGAGGAGCAGGAGGUCGAACAGCAACAGGUCGAGCAGCAUGUCGUCCAGGUCCAUUUGGAGCAACUGCGCGAGGAGGAGCGCCCGCAGCCAGCCACCGAGACGGGCGCCGUGCCAAAAACAACAAAUGUUUGAUUCUGAUUGUGGUCUCAGAUGUUUGCCAAACGAAAGAAGCCGUAGAAGGAGACUGAGGAGCAGACUGAGGAGGAAGAGAGGCAAACGUGGGCCGGACAAAGUCGAGAAAAGGUCAAUCGAAAUUGGAGGAGCGAACGGAGCGAAGAUGAAGAGCGCACUGAAGAAGAAGACGACGAAGAAGGUGUUAAUGAAGACGAAGAUGAUGAAGUAAAAGAAGAAGAAGAAGAAGAAGAAGGUAAAAGUGUAUAUUUGAUGCAAAAGCGUAAGCGAUUCAGUUUCGGUUUCAAAUGAAAAACGAUUUCACGAUUAGCAUAGAGGGUCCCCUGGUGGGCGUGGAUUUUAGAUGUGAUGGGGAUGGUGGGAUUGCUGGUGGGGUGUGGU